AUCACUUGCUAAUGAACAGGUAAUUAACAACUGGUCUGAUUGGUUGGUUAGACGCUCUGUUUGGUGCCGUAGGACUGACGCGAUGUCGGACACGCUCAGUCAGAAAACCGACAGUGACAGCGGGAACGGCAACACCUCAGGUUCUGACGACAAGAGAACCAGGUCCGACCUGAGUUCCCCCACUGACAUCAGACCACCGGAGGCCUACAACAGCCACCGCAGGAAGAGGACUGAGGGUCUUUUCCGUCGUCCCUUGGGACGCUCUAGCGACAGCCACUGUCAUGGCAACGGAGGGGUGCUAGAGAGGAGCUCCCCGCCUGUGACUGGCCACUUCAGCCCACGUGAGCUGUUACUGGGGCGAGGCCAGGGCAUGACUCCGCCCCUGGAUAGCCCAGAGCGCCGGCGUCGUUCUGCUGCUGCGGUUACGGUGAGUGUGAGCCGACAUGAUUCACUUCGCCGGCCUGAAGACACGCCCAUCCGCCGCUCCAGCAGUGGGCAGCACAGCUUCACUGAGUCCCACCGCUCCAGAACACUGGACCCAGACACACUGGCGCAGGACAUAGAGGAGACUCUGGGGGAACUGCGCCAGUUGGAGAGGCAGGGCUGCCGACCGGCCCCUGACGUGGUCCUGGACACGCUGGAGCAGGUGAAGAAUGGCCCCAUCACAGCCUGCUCCUCAGAGUCUCCCAGCCCCCACAGCACCCCGAGCACACCGGGCACACCAGGGACCCCUGGGACCCCGGGCACCCCCAGCCCCCUCAGCCCUUUAAGCCCCCUCAGUCCCCUCCCUGGGCCUCCCCCUGGACCCCCCAGGCCCUCAAACCCCUCCCCUGACACUCUGGGCUCCUUCAAGCCUGUGGCAGCGGCACGCAUGGGGGCUCCCUUGCGCCCCCCUGCCCUGAGGCCCAAACCCCUGGUCCCACCCAAGAGCAGCACCCCCCCUCUGCCCCCACCGCUGGACAAGUCCUGCACCAUGUGAGCGAAAACAGGGCAGAAUCAGGCCGACCCAGGCCAAAACUGGGACAGAAGUAGAGAACAGGGUACUGCUUACUGUUAAUAAUCAUGAGGGUAGAAACAGUAGGACAGGAAGGUGAAAAAGGGUUUUAUGUAGUAAUAAUAAAAUAUAAUAUAUGAUAUGAAAUACGAUAUGAUAUGCCAUGAUAUUUAUGUGUGUCGUCAGGUUGGUGUGUACUCUUUGGUGUGUAGGAGUUUACUUUCUCCAUGUAUCGAAGCAUUUAUCAAAGGUUAGCUAGAGGACUGCUAAAUGGGAGGGGUAGAGGAAUAAACUGAGGCAGAAAUCCUGUCCUGUGUAUAAGAUGUAGUCAGAUACGUGGGAAGUGUAGUUUGCCCUCAGUGAACUGUAGUUUCCGUGACGUGAACGUUGACUGUAUUGUCAUAAAGAUAGGCUCCUCAGCUAGCGCGGGCCUAUCACGAAAGGCUGCUGUAUUCUUAGUGUGUUUCGAUUGGCUGCUGCGUUUACGGUGAGUGAUUUAAUUGGUCAUUGCAGAGUGAAGGCCUGUUAGGGGUGAGGAUGGUUCACACAGUGGGGAAGAGUAAGGAUGAUGGAAUGAUGUCUGUGUGAUUAUUUUAGUCCUUUAUCACUUGGUUCAGCUGCUAAACUCACUUUGCCUCAAACAAAGCCUCUUGAGGUAAAUGUUGACAAAACUCACAUAUUUAACCAAUGUUCAGCUAUUUAAUGAAUGUUCCAGUAUUAAACGACUGUUCAGCAAUCUAAUGAAUGUUCAGUGGGCUCUGGUGUCACUAAAGUGGCGAUGACUCUCACUAGAUUAACAGCCUUCAUGUGUUCUGUGGACCUAUACCCAGACCGGAGUUGAAACAGGGUGGUGGUUUAGUGAUAGAGCGGAUACAAGCCUGGACUGUAACUUUUCUGGAAUGGGUGUGUGUGCACAAUUACUUAUUCUUUCCCAAUAGUGUGUCUGUGUGUGUGCGUGUGUGAUAGAAAGAGAGUGUACGUUGGUCUGUCUGUCUGUCCCUGCCUGACUGCCUUUGUUCUGUUCUCUUGAAAGUGCAGAGGCAUUGAACACGUUGGAUUAUUCAUGCUCGCCUUGAAAACCCAAGCAUGUGCAGGUUAGGGACGGUUUGCGUGAUUGCCCAACUGUGUGUUUGAAAAAAAAGCAUGUCACAUUGGCAAGGGUGUGUGUGUGUGGGAGAAUACGGUUUACCUGGUUAUUACUCUGAAGUCACUUGAUAACCUUAAAUUCACAGUAAGCUAACAGGGUGGGCGCUGUGUUUAAUACCCCAAAACACUUGAACAGCACACUGAAUGUGGCCUCUUAACUAGGUUGGUGAUUGAUGCGAAUGUGUAGAGAAACAGGAAGUGUGUUGCCAAGACGGACUAAGGGUGUGUGCAUCUGUUUGUGUGUGUGUGUGUAUGUGAAAGUGCCUUUUUUUUACCCUUGUCUUUUUGGGGAGUUGUGAUUCACUCGUGCAUGUACUGAACGAAGAGCAGCAGCACUCAGAAUGAAAUAAUCAUAGUGUUUAGUAGACUACUGAAUUAUGAAUUAGAGUUAAUCCAUUGUGACAUUGCACUUUGAUGUAUAGGAUUGUGUACUUGGCAUGUAGCAUCAUAACAUGUUGGUGCAUUUUAACUAAAGGGAGGUUUCUCUGAAUGUUUGAUAAUAAAGGAAAAUGGUUUUGUCUGUUAGUGUUGCUGUAUCUGAAACUUGAGCUUCCUAAAAAUUAGCUCUUAUAGCCAAAUGGAUUGUAUUGAUGUGUUGUAUUUAUUAUAAAUAAAGCAAAAUAAACACCCAUGUUCUGUGUGCCU